UCUCCCUUGUGCUUUCGUUCGCAAGCGCGGCCUGCCGGAUUCUCGUUUCUUCUGUAUUAAACACGCAAACACACUUGCGCACGGACGUACAUACACGCGCGUAUACACCCCCGCGUUUUCCCUUCGUUCCUCUGUCUGCGUAACGUCGCGCAUAGAGCCGACCGUUUUCCACCCUCGUGGCCGCCUCGUGGACCUUCCCUUUCGAUUCCCUCGAUACAGCCCUGGGAAUAGUUACACGCGCCCUCCGGCGCCAUUCCUUUCCCUCAUUCUUUCUUUCCCUCGCUUAGAUGGUUACGUAUUCAACGUAUCAGAAAAUUCCGCAACUGUCUCUCCGGUCCGUCUCGAAGGAAAGAUUUUGCGCGCAUUCGACAGGCCUCGUAGUUUUGCAUUGUCACACACGUUGGAUCAGUAUGAUUUUGAUAAAUUCGAGAUGCCACGUGCGUCGCUUCUGUUGAUUCUGCCAGAAACAAGAGUGCUUUAGACGAUCGUCAAUGAGCGUCGUCGUGCCGCGCGCAUUUUUAGUGACAGUGAUUAGCGUUUUAUAUUUUGUACGAUUGAUGAUUUCACCUUUGAUUGUCAGAUCCUUUUGAAGUGAAGUUAUGCAGUGCAAUGAUUUUAUAUGACGACGUUAAGGUUGUGAUUAUACAUUGAGAGAGGGAAUUUGUGAAAAUUACGCGUACCGAAUUGCAGUGACCGUUUUCGGUCCGUCGAGUUUUAUCCCCGUGUGUAAUCUGGAAUUAGUGCCGCGUUAUUUGCUAUUCAGUUUAUACAUCGCAACAACAUGGUCGACUUCAUCGCCUAUCCGGAGAUCUCCUAUCUCUACGAUGAAUUUAUGAUGAUGAACCGUCCUAUUCAAGUGAAGCCAGCGGACAGUGAAAACCGCGGAGACAGAAAGCUGUUCGUUGGUAUGUUAAGCAAGCAACAAACUGAAGACGAUGUGCGACAGCUGUUUACUACCUUCGGUUCAAUAGAGGAGUGCACCAUCCUCCGUGGACCCGACGGAAGCAGCAGAGGCUGUGCCUUCGUGAAACUUUCGUCGCAUCAAGAAGCACUGGCAGCAAUAAAUUCUCUACACGGCAGCCAAACUAUGCCGGGUGCGUCAUCCAGCAUAGUGGUAAAAUUCGCAGACACUGAUAAAGAGAGACAGAUAAGACGCAUGCAGCAAAUGGCCGGGAACAUGAGCAUCCUUAACCCCUUCUUCAAUCAUUUCGGCGCUUACAACGCUUACGCUCAGCAGCAAGCGGCGCUUAUGGCAGCCGCGACUGCACAGGGAACGUACAUCAAUCCAAUGACCGCAUUGGCAGCUGGACAAUUACCGCACACAUUGAAUGGCAUGCCAAAUCCCGUGGUCCCACCAACUUCUGGUUUGCUCGUAGGUACCGGCACAGGGCAACCGGUUAACGGGGCAUUACCGUCGUUACCAUCGCCAACGAUGCCCAAUUUUAACAUGGCCGCUCAAACGCCGAACGGCCAGCCAGCAGGCUCGGAUCCAGGUGUCUACACCAACGGAAUACCGCAGACUUAUGCGGGACAUGCCCUCCAUCUGUCCAUUCCAGCGCAGGGGUUGGCCAACGGGGAGGCGGCACUUCAGCAUGCCGCCGCGUAUCCUGGAAUGCAGGCUUAUGCUGGAGUGGCCGCUUACCCCGCCGUCUACGGCCAGUUUCCUCAGGCUAUUCCUCAGCCGAUGACCGCGGUGGCACCCACGCAGAGGGAAGGAUGCUCUAUCUCAGGACCCGAGGGCUGCAACCUGUUCAUCUACCACCUGCCCCAGGAGUUCGGUGACGGCGAGCUCAUGCAGAUGUUCCUCCCGUUUGGCAACGUCAUCUCCUCCAAAGUCUUCAUCGAUCGGGCGACCAACCAGAGUAAAUGCUUUGGUUUCGUGUCGUUCGAUAAUCCAGCGAGCGCGCAAACAGCGAUCCAAGCGAUGAACGGCUUCCAAAUAGGGAUGAAACGAUUAAAAGUCCAAUUGAAGAGGCCCAAGGACGCCAGCCGGCCAUACUAACCCACGUCCUAGCCUAGAAAAUCUGGACGAGUCGCGCCCUAUGUCGUAACUUACAGAAUGACGUCCGAGAACGUAAACUCGAUGGACGCUCGACGAUCAGGAGUGACGAGUUGAAUCACCGUUACAACGCUCUCCACCAUAACAACUUAGUAUACUAGCUAGUUAAUUCAUUAGAAGGUAAAAAUUUAGAAAUCAGUAGGAUUGCAACGGCUUCAACGUCGUUGAAGUUCGUGCGGCGGCGGCGAAGAGGCUGAAGCGAAAGCGAUGAAGGAUGUUCUGCGCUGAACCCAGUCCGAGGAGAAGAAGAGCUGAAGAGAGAAGAGGACGAAGCACGCUGAGACGACGUUUCCCGGGUGUUCGGAUAAUCCGUCGAUAGGCAACAUCGGGCUUUCACCUGUGUCUCCCUUUCAUCCACUCCCAUCUCGAAAUCUGCAUGUUUCUUUCUGUCCUCCACGAAUCUAGCCUCUGGUCCCUACUGCCAGGUGAGAGAUCACGUUCGAGCUCGAAGACGAGAGCGCGAAUGGACACCAGCGUGCAGCGUGCGGAACCCGUCGCGGACAUUUUCGGAGGAUCCGAUCAUCCUGGAGAGACCCGCCGGAAGCACUGGAAGUAUUAAAAACCGAUCGUGUCGUCCGAGUGUACACGGUGACGACACGCUGUUUCAGUUACAUGCGCGAAUUACGACAUCGCGCCGCGACGAUCGUUCAGCAUUAAACCGACAAUAGCUAUCCCGUCAAGUAUCCCGUCGACAAACGCCCCUAGGAAUCUCGUCGUAUUCGUUGCCAGUUUCGACGCACAGCGCGGAAAAGAUGCCACGGACGGAGGAAAACUCGCUGGACUCGUACGCCCGGUUUCGAUCGAUAUCCUCGACGAGGACCCGAUCGCGUCGGAUCGCCGUAUCCGUCGAUCGGACAGAACAGCUAGACGAUCACCGUAGUACGAGAGGCUGACGAAUCUUUUGUACCGCACGAAACUAACGAUAUAGUUGUCAGUUGACGAAGAUCCCGCGCGCGUCAUUCUCGACGACGACGAGGGAGAUAGAUGAUAAUCCCCGUGCGACUGACGAACGUAGGAUAAAACGCAGACUCGUCCCGAAGACGCGGACGAUAUCUCUCUCCCAAAAAGACAAAUGUCAAUCAUACGCUAUACAGGGUGCUCGUCUGACGAAACGCGUCUGAAAACUUUGACAAAAACAAAAAGACAAAAAAUUAAAAAAAAAAAAAAGAAGAAAAACAGAGAAUCGAGCGGCGGACAUGGGCUCAGCGCCGGUCCGACAUCCCCGCCGGAUAUCGGGUUCUCUUUAACGUUUAAGGUUUAAAACACGUACCGCGCUGUAGAUUUUAUAUACCGCAGAUAGAGAGUGAGAGAAUGCGAAAGAGAGAGAGAAAGGGAGAGAAAGUGUGCGUGAAGAGGAGUCUGCGUGUGUCGUGCUGCGCGUCGAGGAAGAAGGCGGAGGUGAUCCUGUCCUACUCGCGCGCGUUCGCACGGUGCUCGUCCUCCGCGACUAAUAGCUCUUAUUACUACUAAGGUUAUGGUGAUUAUCAUUAUAAUUAUCGCUAAGUAAGUGACGCGCAAGUUUCCGGCCGAAAGUAUAACCUACUCUGUUGUGGUUCCUGCGUGAACAUCAAGAGAGGAAUCGCGUGUGAGGGCGCGAUUGUCCCGCCUGUCCCACCAUCCGCGACUCGGUCCAACUCAUGGACUGACGAUCGACUUUGCCUGAUCGGUUUAGCAUCGCUCGGGAAAUGUCAGCCAGGCUGUGAUUGUCCAGAUGAUGACGACGACGUCCUAACGAUAAUCUUCUUUAAGUUUAGUAACGAUGCUAUUUUCCGUUGUUGUUGAUGUAAGAAAAAAAGUAAGAGGAGGGAGGAAAUAGAUAAA